UUUUAGAUAGAAAGGAAAAUAAUAUCAUCUGCUGUAUACAAGUGGUUGUUAGAGAGCUGCACAAAAUCAGAUCCAAAUUGUCAGCCAUGAGAGCUCUUCAAGCUUCGACUUCCUACAGCGCCGGCCUAGGCAUUUCCUCCGUCGCUGCUCCGCCGUCGCGUCCGCGUCGCCGCCUUGGCGCACUCGCUAAAGUUGAGCCGACGGAGAAAUCGAUCGAAAUAAUGAGGAAAUUCUCGGAGCAGUAUGCGAGGAAGUCCGAUACAUAUUUCUGUGUCGAUAAAGGGGUCACCUCUGUUGUCAUCAAGGGACUGGCAGAACACAGGGAUACAUUGGGUGCGCCUCUGUGCCCUUGCAGGCACUAUGAUGAUAAGGCUGCUGAGGCACAACAGGGCUUUUGGAACUGUCCUUGCGUUCCUAUGAGAGAAAGGAAGGAAUGCCACUGCAUGCUUUUUCUCACCCCUGAUAAUGAUUUUGCUGGUCAGGAGCAGGCCAUCACAAUGGAAGAGAUCCGAGAAACAACAGCAAACAUGUAACACUAUCUUCCUGUAUUCAAACUCGCCUGUCUUCAGUAGGUACAAAUCAAUGUAUGUAAAUCUGUAUCAUAAUUACAAAUAUGGUAUACGUUUUUACUCCCAAUGACCAUAUGACACAUGAUGUGAAAAUUUCCGUGUUCGAUUUGCUCGAUCACCGAGUUGGCUGGAAACAUCAGAAUUCUUGUA